AUGGAUUCAGAGAUAAAGGGUCAGAAAUCUUUACCACCGUUAGUUAAAGGGAAAAUUCAUGGAUAUUUGAAACUUGUUAUAGAUGAAGUCAUUUGGUCGGAAAAAAAUUUUCAAGAUAUUAAAAUAUUCGCGUCUUGGUGGGGUGAAACUAUAAGCGCUCAAUUCAGACCAGUAGAUAUUACAAAAAAUGUCACGCGAUCUGAGUAUGAAACAACAGAAAUUUAUGCUAUUCGUACAAGUAUAAAUCUUUUUCAAGAAUAUGUUAAAAACUGUGAGUGCAUAGAAUUAACCAUCAUUUCGGAAGAAAAUAACAUAGUGAUAGGUACAUCUAGAAUAACAAAUUUAUUAGAUUUUUUUGACUUGAAACCAUGUUUCGAAUACGUUCCAAUCAUAAAUGAAUGUGGAAAUAAAAUAGCAGAAAUUCACGUUUUCAUGAAAUUAGAACAUGUGGACAGAUCUCCAAAUAUGCAAGUAAAAUCACACCAGUAUGUAAAAGAGAAUGUUAUAGAUAAGAUUGUGCUUGGAGCUACUAAUGAUUUUGAAUAUCCAAGAGACGUAACUAACAAUACAUAUAAUGUAUGGAAUAAAUCGAAACCACAGGAUAGUGAAAUUUAUAAAUCCAUUUUAAAGUCUAGGAGAAUGAGAUAUGAGAAACCUUUGACAACAGCAAAUAAAGAAAUAAUGGAUCAAGUUGUUGCACAAAUUGUUGCAAGAGCACAAAGACUCAGAGGGGCAAUAUUGAGAGAAACGUAUAACAAAGAUGUUUGUACUGACAGCAAUAAAUCAUUAAACGCCACUGUAUACUUUGAUGUGUUUGGUGAAGAUAAUGUAAAAUCAUACGAUUACAUUAUGGAUGCAAAAACAAUUACUCUUGAUGAGAAUGAAGCAUUGUGUACAGCCAAAUUGACUUCCCCAACUUCAAGUUGCAUCGAUUUUACUGCCAAUGAUUUUACAAUUGGCAAACACGGUAAGCAAAACAUUACAUUAAAUAAUACAUCUUCUGCACAGACAAAUUUUCCACUGGAUGAAAUAUUAUUGGAAGAAAAACUUCAUAAGAAACCAAAAGAAAUUUUAUUACUGAAUCAUGUAAAUAGUAUUAGAAUUUUUGUGGAAUCAUUUACUUUGACUCCUGCUGGUUAUAGGCGUGUUAAAUCUUCUUCUUUAUCACAUCACGAUAAUAUUUCUUUGUCUGUUACUUAUGUACUUCAGUACAAUAUGAUAUUUGAUCAUGUUAGAACAACAGGAAAAAAAUUAGGAAAUAAUAACAAAUCCGUAAGAGUAUGUUCCAAGAAGCAAAUAGAUCAAGAAAUUUAUUUUAACCACGAUAGUAUCUAUGAAAUAUCGAAGUUAAAAUCACACACAGAAUACUUCAUAAGGUAUAAAGUACUUGUCCGUCAUCGUAAUAAAAAAUCGCUAACAGAAUUAGGCGCCGGUACUAUGUAUGUUAGUGAUAUUAUAAAAAGUGAGAAUUGGAGCAUUGCACAGUGCAUAAUUAUUGUUAAUAAAGGAAUAAAGAUUGGCGAAUUAAAUGUGAUCGCAGAAUUAGGUUCGGAUUUUAUUCACUUUGGGAAACAGUAUAUUGGUAAGCAUAUUUUGAUUAGAGAAAAUAUACCCGCUUUGAGAAUACAACGACAAUUAAGCCAAGAUAAAAGUAAUAAAAAAAGUAAAAGUGCAACAGAUGUUCAGUCAGAAAGCAAUAGUCAAGUCCCAUCAAUUUCAACGCAGAAGGUAGAUUGUGUAACUGCUGACAAUGAUUUACUUGCUUCAACAGGUAUAUCUCACUGCAAAACAGAAAAUACAGAUAAUAUAAGAGUUGAUGUAAAAAGUCAAGAAAAUUAUGUCAAGGAGAAGGUUUUACUUCAGGGUUUGAUAUAUAUAUCUGAAGGAAAAGAAUUGUCAGAAGUAAAUACUUAUUUAGUAUGUAGAGCAUUUUGGAAAGAGGACAAGAGUAAAAGUCAAAUUUGUAGUAACACAAAAAAUCCGUUUUAUCAGUUCUGUCAAUUAGUACCUGUCGUUCACAGCACCGAUCUAUUAGAUCGCAUAAAAGACAAUUACAUAAUUAUUGAAGUUUAUUAUAGAAACAAUAACAAUGUAGACAAUCUACUAGGAUUGACAAAACUGUCUAUGCAUCAGUUAUAUGUUGCGUAUAGAGAUCCAUGUGUACUGCCUCACUUACUAUUGUCUAAGUAUCCUGUUGUGAGUGUAGAUGAAUGGGUGCAAAUUACUGAUCCCAUAACUAGUCAAUCCCAUGGUGAAUUACUUGCGUUGGUAGCUCUUGGAACUGCUGAACAAAUUGCAUUAUUGGAAACGUCAAGAAAUUUACGAAAUACCCGUAACAAAUCAAGUUCUGCUGAAAAUGUUUUCGGAUCUAUAAAGCAUCUAGAGAAGACGCGACUUUCAGUGAAUUGUAAUUCAUCCGAAUUACAGAGAAAAGUGGAGAUAUUUUCACAAGAUAAAGAUGUUGAUUCAGGAGAGAAGAAAAAAUGUUCUUUAAAUUUCAAAACUCAAGAGUGUCAGACCGACAUCUCAACUAUCAGAGAAUUAAAAUUUAGGAAAGAAUCGCAAUUAGAGACGAAUUCAGAAGAUUUAAUUUUAUAUACGUUAAUGGAUCGUCUAACGGAAGUUUUAAGUAUUGACAAAUCUCAUGCAAAUAAUAAAAUAAAUUUGAAAAAAAAGAAAGAAAUACCUACAAGUGUAGGGGACCAAAUGUCCAUAAAUGACUUAAAUUUUCACAAUAGUUAUGACGAAAGUGAUAACGGUAGCGUUAAACAUAGUCAACAUGUACCCACGGGAAUGUAUAGAAGUGUUGGGGUUGGUGCUGAAUAUGUGGAAGAAGUAGACCAACAACUAAACAUUGACUACAGCAGUACAAUAUAUGAUUUGCCAUCUGCAACUCAUAGAGACGAAGAAUCAAUGAAUUCUGUGUGUAGUCAAACCAUGUUUCGAGCUGUUGUUGAAAUUGAAUGCGCAUUACAUUUACCAAAAGUAGAGAAGAUAAAUGAAACCAUCGAACCAAGUACAUAUGUAUCUUUUCGGACUAACAAAUGUGAUCCAUUAAAACAGUUACACUCCCAUAUGAUUAGUGAUGUUUUCCCACAUUCUUGUAAUCCUAAGUGGAACUGGAAAUGUGAUGUGAAACUGCCAGUAGAAUUACUUUUACACGCCGAGAAGAGACUGAUUAUCAAAAUUUGGCGCUUAUUAGACACAGAUACCAGUGUGCAAAUAAACUUAGAACAGGAUAUUGUUAUUGGAUUUUCCGCUAUUGACCUUUCAGUGUUAAUUUCUGGUUUUCCUACAGUAUCUGGAUGGUUUCAUGUAAUGGACUUUGCUGGAAAAUGCAAUGGACAAAUCAAAGUGUCUAUAACGCCAUUGGAUAAUUUAUCAUUGUUCGGAAAAUCAACAUCAUCCUUGAGUACAACACGAAUUUCAACAUAUAAUGUAUGUCAAUCAAAUUGGUUUCCAUUAAAUACUCAUGAGACACAUUCUGGUAGUACAGAAAAAAAUACUUUAUCAAUAAUACCUGUACAAGAAGAAGUUUCAAAACUUUGUGGAAAUCAGUUAACUGACUCUGUAUCACAGAUUGGUUCUGAAGAUGUAUCUAUGUCAUUCUUGUCUUUAUCCUUGAAGAAAAAAUUAACUGAAUUAGAUGAAAUUACAAAACGUUUAGAAUCACGAUUACACGAUGUCACAAAUACGGCUUUUGAAGAUUACUUUGAAAGUGAAUUUGAUGUAAAUGAACCAAAUAAUGAUAUAGAAAAUAAUGAUUACAAAAGUACAGACACAACACCCGUCAUAGUAACAAAUUAUAAUGACAAAAUCUGUGAAAUAUCUCAGCUAAAUGAGAAAUUAUUAGAAAAGGCAGAUGUUAUAGUGAAUGAAAAUAAAAAUACAUCAACCGAAAAUGAAUUUCAAAAUUGGUCGUCCAAACCACUUGUUACUUUUAACAAAACCAACACGUAUGGAGAAACUACACCUGGUUCCUGUAAUCUAUCAAAAUCUUAUUCUAAACAAAUUUUAUCAAAUGGUAAUUGUCAAAUGCAACAUGGACAUGAACAUUUAACAGACAAUAUUGAAAUAGUAGACGAUAAUUUUUCGAAGUAUCCACAACGAGGAACGAGGACCCAUAUAAGUUACUUACUUGAUAAGCUAUCAUUACAGUUACCCUCGCAGACCCAUUUAACUGCAACUGUCCCAACGAGGAAAAAUUCCACUGAUUUAUUACCCAAUUUACCAGAAAACGAUAACGGUAUACAAAAUAGUAAUAUUUCCACUGAAGAAUUCAAAGCAUGUACAAUGCUCAGGGAAACAGAAAAUGUAAAUAAUCAAAAUAUUCAAACUUUGGAAAGUUAUGAAAUUAUAUGUUCGCCUAAAGGAAACAAAAGAUAUAAUGCUAGAAAUUUGUCUGAAGUGUCUGCCCAAUCACAAAAUACUAACAGAAUGUCGACUGUAAUCCGUGAGGAAUUGACUGCUGAUGAAAAUAACGACACUUCAAAAUGUGACAAUGAUUUAAACAACAUUUUCAACCCACUUUUAUAUCAACAUUUAGUACCAGAUCCGUAUUACUCGAACACGCCACCAGAGGAAGAAGCCAUUGAACAAUUAGAUAAUCGUUAUACUAAAACCUUUGUUACGUCGGUGGAUAAUACGUUAAGUAAAGUACGGAAUUUAGAAGAGAUCGGUGCAUCAUCUUCUGUAAAUACUGAAUUGUUUAAAAUGACACCGCCUAGUGUAUCAGAAAAUAUUGACAACAACGUUAAUUUAACCGUUCUUCAUGAAGCCAGUUACACCGAUUUACUAGCAAGUAAUAGUACAGAAUCAACUACAACGUUGUCGCCUGGAAAGACUUCAGUGAAACAGAUCGAUGAUGAAAUGACUGAACGUAGUUACUCUACUUCCUCUCGAGCAUCGGAUCUUGUAUUAUCGAGACAAGCUCCUGAUGGCGGUAAUCCCAUGGAAGAUGUUACAAAGCAAGCGAUAUUUCAGCAAAAUAAUGACGUUCAAGACUUGUCACCUAAUAGCUGUAAUUAAUUGCUUAACAACGUAUAGGUAUAAGCGCGCAUUAUUUGAUUACGUAACAAUGAUUUUCUGAAGU